UUUAUAUUCAAAUUACAAUUUCCGGACAUGAAACUGCAAUCACACAACCACUUGAAACUCACCACCCUCCUGCUAAAUUACGCCGAGCACUUCCAGACGAAGCAGCUCCUCCAAAUCCAAGCCCAGCUCAUCACUAACCCACCACUUUCUCUCCACCCAAAUCUCAUCGCCGUCAAGCUCAUCGGCGCGUGUGCCGCCAAUGCCAACCUGUACCACGCCCAGCUCAUCUUCGCCCAACUCCCAAACCCCAACGUCUUCUCUUGGAACGCCAUCAUCAAAGCCCACAUCAAUUGUGGAGCAUGGGAACACGCGCUCAACUGUUUUAACCGCCAACUCUCACUCCCCAGCGCGCCAAACCCAAAUGAAUAUAUAUACACCUCGCUCAUCAAGGCCUGCGCUGGCCUUGAGGCCAUAGCCGAUGGCCUCAAGGUCCAUGCUGUUGUGAUCAAAUCUGGGCUUGAUAACAACAUCCACCUGGGAACUUCUUUAGUUGACAUGUACUUCAAGUUCCGAGAACCCGCUAGUGCAGGCCAGGUGUUUGAUGAAAUGCCUCUGAGAGACGUGGUUUCUUGGAACACAAUGGUAUCUGGGUACUGCCUGUGUGGUGAUUUAGAGUCGGCAAGGCGGGUUUUUGAUCAAAUGCUUGAGAGGGAUGUGAUUUCUUGGAAUGCCAUGAUUGGCGGGUACGUUCAGAAUGGGAAGUAUUCGGAUGCGAUAGAGGUUUUUCAUGAAAUGCAGAAGGUGGGUGGUGUGGUGCCUGAUGAUGUUACUCUUGUGAGCGUGUUGUCGGCUUGUGCGCAUGUCGGCGCACUUGAUUUUGGGAGGUGGAUCGAUCGGUUUGUUGGCUGGAGAGGGAGGGGAUUGAAUCUUUAUUUAGGGAAUGCAUUGAUUGAUAUGUAUGCGAAGUGUGGAACCAUGGAAGAGGCUAGGAGGAUCUUUGAUGGUAUGCGGGAGAGAGAUGUGAUAUCAUGGAGUACUAUGAUUUGUGGUUCGGGCACCCAUGGUGAUGCUGAUGAAGCAUUUGGGUAUUACUCUAAAAUGCUUGAAUGUGGAGUGAAGCCGAAUGAGGUCACUUUCAUGGGAUUGUUAUCAGCAUGCAGUCAUGCAGGUUUGGUUGAUAAGGGGAUUGAGCUUUUCAGUAGGAUGAUCCAGGAAUAUAGAAUUGUGCCCAAGGUUGGGCACUAUGGGUGUGUGAUUGAUCUCCUUAGCCGUGCUGGUCGCCUGGAUGAAGCAGAGGAUUUGAUCAAUUCGAUGCCAAUAGAACCCAAUGUUAUAGUUUGGGGAGCAUUGUUAGGUGGUUGUCGAAUUCACAAAGAUUUCAGGCGUGGGGAACGUGUUGCGCAGCAUCUUCUUGAACUAGAUUCUGAAUACACAGGAAGCUAUGUUUAUAUAGCAGGAGCUAAGGCUUCAGUAGGUAGGGUGGAUGAUGCAGCAAAUUGUUGGCUGAGAAUGCAGCAUAAAGGGAUAAUAAAAGAUCCUGGUUGCAGUAAGAUAGAGGUUCAUAAUACUGUUCAUGAGUUCAAAGAAUGUGAUAACACCUCUAGUGGAAAGGAUAUUCGGCUAUUUUAAUAAACGAUGUUGAAUCAUGAAAAAAAGAGAGAGAUACAUGCUCAAUGCAUUGAUGAACUCCAACAAUAGAGUAGUGGCACAAGGAGCAGGAGCCAUGAAUUGCUUGACGAGAAUAUCGUGGACCUGGGUCUUUGUCUUUUGUUGCCAGUACUCUCUGCAUAUCUCUACUCAUCUACACAAGACUACAAGAGAAUCAGGUGCUUCCCUGAAGGCAUUGAUGUCUAUUUUGAUAAUGUUGGGGGGAAGAUGCUUGAUGCAGUGAUCAUCAACAUGAGAACCUGUGGUUUUAUUGCCACAUGUGGGAUGGUUUCACUAUUCAACCUUGAGCAGCCUGAACAUUUCUAAGCAAGUCUGCGAGGAUUCCAGUCUAAUGAAGACUAUCACGCUUCUAUCCCGAGUUGCUGAACGCCUUAAUGCCUUACAUCAGAGAGGGGAAGAUAGCACAUGUGGAAGAUAUAGCUGGAGGCCUUGAGAGCAGCCCUGCAGCUCUGGUAGGACUGUUUAGUAGCUGUGGAAAACAAGUAGUUGUAGUUGAUCAUGAAUGAUCUGUCUUCAUCCUCAUCCCCUAUUUGAAUGAAGGCAUGACAGGCAUUGUCUAGUAAGGGCUUAAAGCUUUUCCUAUGAACCCCAAAAGAGUCUAUGAAGAAGUUUUCAAACCUUUAAGCAAGAAGGGAAGUGUUUUCAAAUAUACCUAGUACUGGAGGAAAUUUACAUCAAAUCAAUGAAGUUGUACUAAGACACAGUGACAGUGAUUUAGUGAGUUUUAGUAAUUAUCAUCUUCCACAUGAUUGCCAUCAGCAGUUAAGUUUGAGGUUCAACUUCAA